GGACAAAAGUUCCCCCAAAAUUACUCGAAAAGUUCGCAAGUUCUAAAAUGAAUUAUCACUCGGAAAAAAAAAUCCAAAAAAAUUAUAUAAAUUGUUAACUGACAUUGGAAGAAAAUACCUCCGUUACCGUUUCGUGAAAUGACGUUUCUCAGUGGUAUAUUAUUCUCCGAGCGACUCCCAGUUGGACACCCGAACGAAUUAUUCCGACUCACGCGUCCAUUUUCUCGUGAACCAUCAGUUUAUUUCCUCUAGCCCAUUAGUUUUUCACUGCAGGGUGCAAUGGGGAAAUUCAAUAUCCUCUGCAGUGCUCUGUGACCGCGGAUUGCAUGGUGAAUAGCAUCUGCGAGAAAAAUCACUGCAAAUGCUGGGACGGGUACGUCUUCAGUGGAAAUAUGACAACGUGUCUAGAGGUUGCGAGUAGCUACGGCGACGCCUGUGAAGAGAAUCACCAGUGCUCGUCUUAUCUGUCUCCUGGUGGGGCCUGCAGCAGUGGAAAAUGCGUUUGUUCCCCGGGGUAUCAUUACCUGCACGGAUACUGUUACAAAACAGCAGCACUCGGUGAGACGUGUUUAUCUCCCGAUAACUGUUACGUGAAUCAACAACCGGAGGCAGCGAUCUGUGACAGUGACAAGUGUCGAUGCAGUGAUAAUUUCUACCAGCGCGAGUACCGCAGCUGCAGACGUGCAGCACGAAAAAUCGGCGACGAAUGUCUCAUCGACCUCGACUGUCGGUUCCACCCCGAAUCGAUCUGCGGUAAAUCGAAGCGCUGUGAAUUAAAAUCUUCCGGAAUAUUAUUUCGCGAAAACAACGCGGUCUAUUCGCAGUUUAAAACAUUGAAAGGGAAUUUUCCGGUGAUUGGAAAACCGUGUAAUGCCCCGACUGAUUGCAGCUCUCUGGGUGCCGCCAUUUGCAGUUCAUUAGGGGUGUGUGUGUGCGAUCGAGCGCAUUUCCUCUCUGAAAAUGGGGAUAAAUGCAUUGCAGAGUUGGGCAGUCCCUGUACAACCGAUGCAGUUCCCCAGAUAAAAAACUCCGAAUGCCGGGAGAAUGUGAAGCUGUGGAGUUGUAGAUCGGGACAAGUUGCCACAGUCAAUAAUCGCGAGUGCAAAAAAGUAACGACACGACUCAAUGCUUCUUGUUUAUUGAACGAACAAUGUUUUGUCUUCGGUCCCGAUGCUAUUUGCAGGGACAGAAAGUGCGUGUGCAACGAUGAGUCGCAUUACGUGGAGGACCAGAUGAUCUGCUGGACGAGCAGAGCUCUGGGGGAGACCUGCAAGCAGGAUGAGGAUUGUCAUGUCGAUGGUCUGAAUUUUCACGUCAGGUGCAAUGACCAUUUCGUCUGCUCUUGUCCCGAUGGAAGUCACGCCAGUGGAGAUCAGUCAGUCUGCAUUGCUGAUCAUAAUGGAAUUGGUGGAUUGUGCGUAGAAAAUGCUGAUUGCAGUAUUAAUGACUCCAUCUGCUCGAAUAAAUCAUGCACUUGCGCGGAAAAUUAUUACGAAUCCAAUGGCGAGUGUCUCCGGGGAAAUUUCGCAAGUUGUCAAGUGGAUCAGGACUGCACGGUCUAUAAUUCCGUCUGUAAGAACGGCACUUGCACCUGCCAUAAUUCUUAUGCUGCCCUAGAAGUCGAUCUCUGCGUGCCAGCCUCUGAUCUGGGGGAGGAGUGCACCCAUGACGUACAAUGCUCUGCGAAAAAUGACAACAGCAUCUGCAAGUCAAGUUCUGGGAGGGCCGGAGGGGAAGGAAGUGAAAAUGGGGGCGGAAGGUGCGUCUGUGCAGACGGACAUCACUACAACUACGAGGGUUGUUUUAAAAAGCGAGCUCUGAAGGAAACCUGUCAGACCAUCGCUGAGUGCUACGUAGAAUCGCGUGUAGAUUCCGUCCUCUGUAAGAACGGAAUAUGCAGCUGUAAUUUUGGAUGGAGAGCGGUGAAUAAUUCACACUGCGAGGGUGGAGCGACUGCCUUGAUGCCCUACUACACGUGGCUGUUACUACUUGCUGUCUGUGUACUCGGCACAUAAUUCGGUGUAAUAAUUCAGUGUAAAGGGAGGGUGUACUGGGGGUGAUAUUUAUUGACGGAAAAUUGAACGAAACCGAUGAAACUCUCGUUUAUCUUUUAUUUUAGUUUUAUUUUAUUUUAGUUUUUUAGGAUAGAGUUAAUUCAGGGCUUCACCUUCUGUCGAUAAAUCAUCGGCUGACUUGCUACCCCUUUGCCCUAUUUGCGGGUGCCUUAGGAGCUUGGGGAAGUCGAGGAAUAAAGGAACAAAUUUGUCAGUGUUAUUUAGGAAAAUUGGAAAGAAUUCAAUAAUUAAAUAUAUGAUUUAUUGUUCCCUA